GGAGGAUCGUAGUGCUGCUUGAGCUGAGCCCUCACUCCUCACCACAGUGUGGAGCACCCAGUCGCACACUCACGCAUACACACAUACACACACAUGCACUCAAGCUCACACACAGGCACAAUUACUUCCACUCGUACAUUCACGCUCGCACAGGCAAGUGGAAAGACAAGGAGACAGCAGGAAAAGAAGGCAUCAGCCGGACACUGGAGAGAAAGAACAUUGUGCAGUGUGUGGACUUGUGUCUGGGUUCAGGAUAGUACUGGAUUUUCCUUUUAGAAGAGUUUUUGCUGCUUCUCCUGGUGCUCAAAGCCAGACUUCUUGUGAGCUCCUUGUUCCCAGGGACGGUUUUGGUUUCACUGACGGUGAUCAGAUUCAGCUCUCGCAGCGCAGCUACAUCAUUCAUCUGCACCGCUUCUUUGUGUAUCAGCCAGAGCAGGAUACACUGGAGCAGACUGCCUUGGAAUAUCUGACAGCUUUGGGAGAGAUCUGACAUUGUGCAGAAACAAGCAAAUGAACAACUACGGAGACGAAGACAAAGUCGAGGCAUGAGCAGGAGACAAGAAGCUUGCAUUCUAUAAGAAGUGAUAUCUGCCCCCCUCCUUCCUCCUUCUUCCAUUGCCUCUUUUCCCUCUCUUCACUGCCACUGCCCCUUCUCUUUCUGCACAAACCUCUACUUCCCUGCCAUUCUGUUCUCCUCUGUUCAUCUUUUCUUCCGAUCGCCUGUAAGAAAAGCAGGAGAAGAGUGCGGCUCACACGCUGAGAACGCAACUCCCACACAGUGACAGACAUAAGGACAGCCGGAGGUCCCGUGGCACUCCCCAUCAGUCUCUCUCUCUCUCUCUCACAAGCUCUUCAUCCUUUUUUCACUGCCUUUUCUGCAAGGAUCUAGCCUCUGGCAGAGCAAACAGAGGCAUUUUAAGUUUUGGAGCAAGCACACGAGUCUCAGUAAUCCUGCCACGGCCAGAGGGAUUCUAGCUACAUGGGCAAACGCUUGGAACAGCAACCAAUGUACCCCCAGUACACCUACUACUACCCUCACUAUCUCCAGACUAAGCAGUCCUAUGCCCCUCCCCCUCCGCCAAUGGCUCCACCCAGUCCAAGCACCAAUAGCAGCAGCCAGAGUGUGGUGGAGCAGCUCAGUAAAACCAACUUGUACAUCCGUGGCCUCCCUCCUGGCACCACCGACCAGGACCUCAUCAAACUCUGCCAACCGUAUGGGAAAAUAGUGUCAACAAAGGCAAUCCUCGAUAAAAACACCAACCAGUGCAAAGGUUAUGGUUUCGUGGAUUUUGACAGUCCUGCUGCAGCGCAGAAAGCCGUGGCCUCGCUGAAGGCUAAUGGAGUGCAGGCGCAGAUGGCCAAGCAACAGGAGCAGGAUCCCACUAACCUGUACAUCUCCAACCUGCCUGUGUCCAUGGAUGAGCAAGAGCUGGAGAACAUGCUUAAGCCCUUUGGCCAUGUCAUCUCCACAAGGAUACUACGGGAUGCCAGUGGAGUCAGCCGAGGAGUUGGCUUUGCCAGGAUGGAGUCCACUGAGAAAUGUGAUGUGGUGAUUCAGCAUUUCAAUGGCAAGUUCCUCAAAACCCCUCCAGGAGUGCCAGCGCCCACAGAGCCGCUGCUGUGUAAGUUUGCAGAUGGGGGUCAGAAAAAGCGACAGAGCCAGAGCAAGUAUCCCCAGAAUGGUAGACCGUGGCCUAGGGAAGGAGAGUUUGUUUUUCAGAGUGGCAUGGCAUUACCCUAUGACCCUGCCGCAAUGCAGAAUGGGUUCUACUCCUCUCCAUACAGUAUCUCCACCAACCGCAUGAUCGCCCAGACAUCAAUCACACCAUUCAUCGCUGCCUCUCCGGUUUCCACAUAUCAGGUGCAGAGUACGUCCUGGAUGCCUCACCAGCAGUAUGUUAUGCAACCUGCUGGUGCUGUGAUUACGCCAGCUAUGGACCACACCAUAUCCAUGCAACCAGCCAACAUGAUGGGGCCCCUUGCCCAGCAGAUGAACCAUCUGUCCCUCGGCACCACUGGCACUUAUAUGACAGCGGCAGCUGCUGCGGCUCCUAUGCAGGGAACCUACAUUCCCCAGUACACUGCGGUGCCUGCCUCAGCCCUCUCAGUGGAGGGUGUGGUGACAGAGGCUUCUCCGCAGAGCGUUCCUCCCUCAUCCCAGGAUGCCAGUGGGCAGCAGCAGUCCCUUUGUGUGGAUGGCACAGCCGAUCACGCACCCACCUACUCCUACCAGCCUGCUAAAUAACAAGAGGAGGAGGAGGGGGUGUUUGGGUGACUGCGUUGCCUUGAGAUUGGGGGACUGUGCUGAGGACGAAAAAAAAAAGAAAGACUGAGCAGAAGAUGUUUGGGUCCACCAUUGCACAAGCACCAAACAAAAAAGAGAAUUUAUCAGACAUCUGCGCAGAGCAAGGUGAAGCCAGUGGAAGCCUACAUCAUGGUCAGAGAGGAGAGAGAUAUGCAGUCGUGGCGUUAGAGUUUUAAUGGAUAUCUACCACUUUAUAAGACAUUGUUCCUCAUGAAGUGUUGAAUUUCAAGUACAAAGUACAAAGUUUUCCAGUUCUUUUCUGAAUGUGCAGGUAGGUUUUCAGCUAUGGUGAGUUUUCUAUUAGAGGAAGCAUGAGAGUGAAAAGAGAAUGAGAAAGAAAAAAAAAAAAAAGAAGUCUUCCUCAGAUUCUAAGCUACUUUUACUUUUGAUUUUUUUUAUGAGUUAUAUUUUAGUUUUCUAGAGAAUAUCAAUGUUUAUCAUCUUUGUUGCCUUAAUUUUGAGAAACGUCCAAGACUUUUCCCAAACUAAACGUCUUGUUGCAAAAAACAAAACUAAACAAAAAAAAGGUUAAAAAAAUUAAAAAAAAAAAAUUAAAAAUCAAAGAAAAAAAAAAAGCUGUCUGAAAGAACAAAUGGAGCGGGGUCUUAUCAUAUUACGUGUACAGAGGAAUGAAAAAAGGUCUUGUGAAGACAUUUUAAAUUAUCGGUGGCGACAUUGUGUUUAAAAGAAAGGACAUUCAAAAUAUAGUGAUGUGUUUAAAGAGAGUUGCAUUUUUUAGCAAAAAAAAAAAAAAAAAGAAGAAGAAAAUGUUAAAUCACUGCAUCCUGGGAAAUGCAGUUUAUUGUGUAGUGGAGAUCAUUUUUAAUGGCAUUAUUGUUUUUAUCUGCAAUAUUUUUAUGAGCUUUAAGGUGUUUUCAGCCUGCUUUGCUUGUUUCAUUGCAAAAAAAAAAAAAUUAAAAACUAAAACCAGGAAAAAAAAAUUACUGGCAGUGCAAAAGUACGUAGAUAGGAGCUUUUGAAUUAAAAUAAAGCAAAUGUGUGCAAAAAGCAAUAGUAAUAGGAAAUUGUUGACAAUUUCUUUAGUCUUUCUUAGCUGUGGAUCAAAUGCAGCCCAUGGAUGGCAUAUUUUAUACCAAAGAUGAAGAAACCCCGUAGAGACAGUGGAGUAGAUUUUUUUCUUUCUACUUUAUUUUUUUUUGCCUUGUUGUUCUAGUCUCUGUGUCUCAUAAAUAUUUGUUUGACCUUGAUGGCCAGACCAGUACUUACAUUUGGGAUGGGUUCUGGGAUUAAACUUCCUUCCUCUGCUGCAGCUUUCCUACCAAUCACUCAGACAGAGAGAGGACAAUUCUUCUAGAUUGCAUGCGUUGUGUAUUGAGUGUGGUGUAUCCCCAGCAGGUGGCAUUAGAGAAACUGUAAAAAGAAAAGUUCUCCGACUCUCGACUCUGUACAUGUCUGUUACAGCACCCACGGUUUACUGACUCUGUGUCUCUCAGUGUUAUAUGUUCACCACGGCUCCUCUGGAUCAGCUCUUUCUGAAGCGACAAGCUUUCAGGAAACGUUUUGAAGGGUUUUUUCUCACGUCCUCAGUGUUACAAACAUGUCAUACCCUUUUGCCAAAAUUCAAGUAGUCACAUGUGUGUAUUUAAACUCCUUUGCAGUUUGCUACCUCAGUCUUAAGCAGUUUUACCAUGAGGAAACAGGAAGCUAAGUGUGUAUAUGUAUAGGACGCAUACUGCGAGUGAACUACCUGAGAGGCGGCAUGAUAAAGCUUGACAGAAUUUCUUCUCUUUGUGCCAUAGUGUUUCCCCUGGAUGCGUUCAAGUAAAUGUCCCACUUUGCAAAAUGUUCACACUCACACAUACACAGCUGUUGAAAACCCCAGUGCAGGUGAAGUUAAUCAGUUACUAUGAAACACAAGAUGAUUUUUUUUUCUCAAAGUGGGAUCAGGUGGUUACUCCAGUGCCUUGUCAAAAAAAAAAAAAAAAAAGCAAUGAAGAGCUAAAUCUAAAUAAGAAUGAAACAUACCAGGCAAGACAUGCUAACUGUUUAGACCACACAUGCUAGUUCUAACCUCACCUUAGAAAAAAAAUGUUUAGUUGUUAUCCAUUAUUCACUAAUGAUCAAUAAUGAUUUUGUUCUCAACACAAAGUUUAAAUACACAUAGUGACAUUUCCGCUCUCAGUGAUGUGCUUUGUAUGGUACACGGUGUUCAUUUAUAGCUGCAGUUAUUUUGAGCUUUUCCCUCUCCAUAAUGAUGCUGAAAAUUUCAAGGAAGUCUUUUUAAGACUAUAUUAUUCUGAAUUAAGGACUCAGAUUAUUUGCUGCACCAACUUAAUGCUAUUUGUUAAUCUUGCAUGAAUAGUUUCUUCAUCUCUUAUCAUUGUUUCUUCACAUAGGGCAUCACUUGGGUGCUAACCGGUUUCUUCCUCAGCACGUAAUGGCUAACAUCCUAUUCAAGAAGCUACAGGUCAGGGUCUUAGCAAAGCUGGUGACUUGUGGUGAAGAUUCUUCUGUGUGUUCCCUUUUAUAUGUUGCUAAAGCAAACUGGUAGCUGCUGAUACCAUAGAGUUAGAUUUCUACUGCCAUGAAUGAAACAUUCUCUCACAGUGAUGUAAUUAAACUAUGUGGAUGCUGGGAAGGGGUGGUAGUGGGGGGUGGAGGGGGGCAGGGAUUUUUCUUUCUUUUUUGUCUUUAGAAUAAUGAGUAUAAUGAAACAGGUGGAAUGAAUAUGAAAAAAGAAACUCUCUGCCACGUGUCCUGAUGAAUAGGCUGCAGUGUGUAACCAAUCAAGGAAAGCUCUGUUACAGUGUGGAGGUCGAAUUCGCUACACAUUUCCAUUUCUCUCAAUGAAACCAAUUCUGUUUCUUUUCUACUGUGUUUUUUUGGAACUUUCAUUUUAUCAUGUAAUUGCUGCUAAUAGAAAAAAAAAAAGCAUUCAGUAUUGGAGAGCUGCAGUGGCAGAUGUGAGGCAAAGAAAUGACUGACUGCUGCUUUGAUAAGGACCACAGUGUUAGCAGAGCAGCUACAUUCACACCAUGGAAAGGGUCCAAAUGUCUCUUGUAUAGCAGAAUAUAUACACUACAGAUACAGAGGGAGUUGCUCUAAAGGGUGGAACUAAACUCUCAUUUUGUUGCUGUAUUAUAGCUUACAGUAACUGUGCUCUUCCAUUCCUAAUGGGAUUUUCACACUGAAAAAUCCAACAGCAAGCCGAAUUAAACUGUUCACCUUCUGCAAAAACAGGUCAAAUUCAUCUUGACAAGCAGAUCUAUAGCAUAUAAAAUGAAAUAUUCCAUAAUCCCUAAACGAAUCGCUAAACCGUAAUAAAAACUUGACUUUAAAGGAACAAUGGCAAGUUGUUUAUCGCAGUGUUUUUUUCGUCCAUCGGAUAAAUGAUUUAAUUAACUCAUUGCUGAGAUUUACAGUGCAAUUAACUUGAAUCCUUAACACAACAAACCAUAACACUAUGAAUUUCAUUAGCCGUUAAGAUUCCCACAUUAUGUAUUGAUUUUUUUCUCUGUAAUUGGCUGUUAUUAUAAACAAGCAAGAAUCUUUACUGAUCAGUCAAGAGCUGUGGCUUUGUAAAGGAUGUUGUGUGAGCACAGCUAUCCACUAUGAUCUACCAAAUUCAGACGAAACAGCAACGCUUCUGUGACAAAUUGAAUUAUUCGAGAGGAAAAAGUAAACUAUUUAUGGAAAUCUUUUCUUCUUUUUUUUUUCUUUUUUUUUUUACAAAAAUGUACGUGUUGAUGAAAAGAUUAUGGAAGUGAACCGAUUCAAGGAUGCUAUCUUUUUUCAUGCUGCACAUUCAUGGCUCCUGUGUGUUCGAGUAGUGAUCCUGAGAGUUUCUGUAAAUCAGUGGAUGUUGAGUUUAAACUUCUGUUUAUUAUGGAUUAUUAUUUCAAUGAAGCUUUCAAUAAAAAAAGGUGAAAAUCUCA